CUACUGAACUGAACUACUGAACGGAACUACUGAACGGAACUACUGAACUGAACUACUGAACUGAACUACUGAACGGAACUGUACUGAACUACUGUACUGAACUACUGAACUGAACUACUGUACUGAGUUUGGUUUUUUCGUUUUGCAUCAGCUGCUUUGUGAAGUGUGCAACUGACUUGUUUCCAUGGAAACCGGUGGUUGGUCUUCAUGACCUCCAGUUACUGGUGUUACUGGGAAGGCCAGUAAAGUCUUCACUCCCAUUUUCCUCCCAGUAUGAAUGAGCUGGAACAGAACCUUCUGGUUCCCUCAGGAUGAUGGUUCUGGUUGGAUUCACUGGGAGAAUCCCAGUCCUCCCAGUGUGGAAGCGGAGCACCAGACAGGACUGUUUGGACCCUAGAAGCUUCAGCGCUGAUCUAUGAUGUUGCUUCAUGUCCGGUUUCAUCACCAAAAACCACAGAACAAGCGUUGUGUGGGCGGGGCCGGCGGUGGGCGGGGCCAGCGGUGGGCGGGGCCAGCGGUGGGCGGGGCCAGCGGUGGGCGGGGCGCUGGCUCCUCUCAGAAGGAGCAGACCGAGGAGCAGCUCCUCAGUCCUCUGUGUUGCAUCAAAGAUCCUCUACGACCAGACAGAGCUCUCACUCUCAGAAGAACAGAGAUGAUGUCAGGUGUGACUCCAUCAGCUGAUUGGUCGUCAGGCUCUCCAGCCACCAGGGGUCAGAGGUCAUCAGGCUUCAGGAUGAAGCUCGGCGCUGAAGCUCACUGGUCAGCCUCAGAUGAAUCCGGGCUCCUCAAACGGCCUCACCGAUUGGACGACGCCAGCUGUCUGUCACUGGGCUCCGCCUACAGCCCGCCUCCUGUCUACUCCUUAUAUGGGCAUCCUGCUCCGGCUCCGCCCCCUGCCUUCCUGCGCCCCUCCCCACCUGGAUGGGACCUGCUCAGUCCUUCCUGGUCUCCGGCCUGGAGUGAGCCAGAGCGCCGCCAGUGUUUCGGCUGCGGGACCCACAGCGCCCUCCUGUGGAGGAGGGAGGCAGCAGGAACGCACCUGUGUUCCACCUGCAGCGUGCGACAGCAGAACCCGCCGCUGCUGCGGCCCAAGAGGAGAGCGGUGAGGUCACGCCUGCUGGUUACCGUAGAAACAGAUCCACCUGGGGGCAGAGCCAGAGCCUCUUGCUGGAACUGUGACAAGGUUCUCAACCGGGCGGCAGCCAGGAAAGGAACUCAGUGCUCCAACUGCGGGACGGGAACCACGUCUUUGUGGAGGAGAAACGCUGCAGGAGACGCCGUCUGCAACGCCUGUGGCCUCUACUACAAGCUGCACCAGGUGCAUCGGCCACUGGCACUGAGGAAGGACGGGAUCCAGACCAGGAAGAGACGAUCGGCCAAUCAGAGGCCAGGCAGGAAGGGAGCUGACCAAUCAGGGCCCUGGGCUGGCCCGCUGUGCUGAACCGGACCAGUUCUGUGACCCGGUUCCUCUGAGGAUGAUGAUGAUGAUGAUGUGGAAUAAAGCAUGUGAAGCUGGG